CGACACGGGAUGGGCACUGGUCUCUUCUCCACGACCCACAGCACGAGUUUUGACGCUGCAACGUCAAGCUAGGAGAGCAGCUAGCACAGAGAUCUUCGCCAUGUUUCUGCUGCAUUCCACCCGGACAAAGCCGCUCGGGGACAGCGCUCACUUGGUGGACCUCCCACGAUGCGUGACCUGCCGCCGACCGUCGCGAGUACCUCAUUCUACCAUCCGGUUCGCGAGCGCGGAUUCUAAAGCUGCUGCUCUCAUAGAACGACCUCCGCAUGAACAAGUCGUGCGCUUGUCCCGCCUCUUCCUUCCAACAUUCAACGCCGAGUCGCUGUCUACCUCUAAAGCUGCUUUGCCAUCCCUCGGCUUGCUGUUACGAGGAGGCUUCGCGCGGCAGUCUUCAGCAGGAAUCUACACUCUGCUACCCAUGGGCCUCCGAGUGGUCCAAAAAAUAUCGGCCAUUAUCGAGGACGAGAUGAACGGGAUUGGCGCUUCACGGUUAGAGAUGCCCACCCUUUUGUCCAGCGCGCUGUGGUACAAAUCUGGACGGUGGAAAAGCAUGGGCUCGGAACUUUUCAGGCUCAAGGGCCGUGGGGGCUCUGAAUACCUGCUAGCCCCGACACACGAGGAAGAAGUGACACGAUUGGUAGCUGACGAGGUACAGUCACACCGCCAGCUGCCUGUAAAGGUGUACCAAAUAACACGGAAGUACCGCGACGAGCCGAGACCGCGAUCCGGUCUGAUGCGGACACGAGAGUUCUAUAUGAAGGAUCUUUACACAUUCGAUGCAGAUGAAGCACGUGCGAGAGAAUCUUAUGAGCAAGUCAGAGGCGCAUACAGCCGCAUCCUCGAUCGCCUUCUUGGCGCGAAUCACGGCGCGUGGCUGGCAGCAGCCGCUGAUACGGGUGCGAUCGGAGGCGACCUAUCUCACGAAUAUCAAAUCGAGGAUGAAUUGGGGGAGGACACCAUUCUCAAAUGCAGCACUUGUGCGCAUGCAGCCAAUCAAGAACUUGCACAGAGCAGCCCCAGACAUGACCCCUCUGUUCUGCCUAUCUCUGCGCAAGACUUGCGGGUAGAGCUGUACGAGCUGGCCAAUGAUCCUGCGGGGCUCAACGCAGCAGAUUCAGAUGCUGCUUUCCAGAUUGCUGCUGAGCGCUCUCCCGCUCGCCUAUGGGCUGUUGUCGUGCCUAGGGACCGAUCAAUAUCGCCCGUGCAAUUGCGGAAAGCUGCGGCACAGGACCUACAGCCGCUGCACAAGUCAAGCCAUUGCACGCAGCCGGGCCAGUUCUCCGCGUCCUUUGACAAGGUAACAGUACUGACGGACGCCGAGUGCUCUGCUGUUGAGGCACAAGAGGUGUGCGAUGCUGUUGCAGCAGGAAUAUCUGCUCUCCUCAACGAGGACCACGGGACAUCCGCCGGCGCCGCACCUUCGCUCGAAGACUUCUUCCCGCCCGUCCAGUCGCUUCAGGCUUCUGCAUUAGUGGACGUACCGUUCAUGACCGAGAGCUCGAUCGAACUCAGCUACGGCAACUAUCGCGAAGCGGCAGACGGCGACGCUUGUUCCUCCUGCGCAGCGCAAGGCCGCGCGGGUACACUGGUCGCAAGCAAGGCCAUUGAGGUCGGACAUACGUUCCUGCUAGGCGCCAAAUACUCUGAUGCGCUGCAAGUCGGAUUUACACCGGCAGCCGCUGAUGCGGCAAACUCGCCUGCUUCAAGUUCUCAGCGCCGCGUCCCCUUUCAAAUGGGAUGCUACGGCUUGGGCAUCUCACGCCUGCUGGGAGCCAUCGCACAACGCUCUGCGACACUGGGAGGCCAGCACGGAUUCGUCUGGCCGCGGAGCAUGGCACCUUUCCAGGUCUGCAUCAUCGCCAACGGCUCGAACGCGGAUGGCCUGGCUCAAGUCUUGCAAGCAUUAUUCCACAGACCGGGCAAGGUGACUGGUUGCAGUAGCGACCAUCCCGUCGUCGCGAACGAUGUCGCGAUCGAUGACCGCGAGGAGCUGUCCAUUUCCAGACGAUUGAAAGACGCGAAUCUCAUCGGCUUCCCCGUCGUCGUCGUGAUAGGCAAAGCUUGGCGAGAGAAGCGGCAUGUGGAGGUUAUCAUCCGCGAUGCACAAUCCGUCGACGGGACGAUCAAGUGCGAAACCACUUUGAUCGCGCUCGAUUAGCGGCAGCCGGAAUAAGUUACACUAUGGUUUCCAUUUGACGAUGUUAUUGAUCACAGCUGAGCAAUGACCUGGCCGUCCGCUCGCAU